AUGACCAGAACUUCUCUUCUGUUCUUCACACUGUUUAAUAUUGUUUUUUACAUCCUUUUCUUUUGGCCAGAUCCUUUAAUAUAUAGCGCUGCCGCGAGCAACAACAACAACAAUGUAUAUAAAAGCCCCUCUCUGGUGGACUUCAUUCGGCAGCAUCAGGCUGACCUGGGAGGCAGCGGUCAAAUUACGAGGGAGAAGCUGCAAGAUCUGCUGACCAAUCAUUUGGUUCAGCAGCUCACCCAGAUGAGGCAAGCCACCAACGAGCAGACCAAGUCGACCAAAUCAGCUGACGAUGUACACAAUGCUAACAAAACUGUAUUGGAGGAGGCCCAGCAGAAUGAGAUCCAGAAGAAGCCGCAGAUUCCAGAUACAUUUGACAAUGCCACACGGCUGCUCAAUGAAUACCAACUGGAUGAGUCGGAACGCAUGUUCCUACGGUUGCACAGGCAAGCCUUGUGCAGCCCCAUUGACCAGCGACAGUCUUUGGUACGCGUGCUAAUGAACCUGGCAGAAAUCUGUGUUCGACGCAGCCGAAGAUGUCGUGACAACCCAAUGGAGAAGCAAUGGCUGUGUACACAUGCCAUAGCUUUGCUUCAGAAUGCCAGCGAAAUCUGCGAGAAAGCCCUUCAGGAAGAUCCAGAGAUGACGGAUGUGUCCUGGUUUCAGCAAAACCUACAGAUGAUCAGUACCAAACUGAAGCCUGUGGAGGACAACCAGAGUCGCAUUCUUUACAAUUGGCUGAAAAAUGAGGAGAAAAUGAUGGAGACUUUAAGGCCUCUAUUUGCUUCAACGCCAUCAAUUCAAAGCAAGAAUUUUCCCCUCACACCAAGUGUACCCCGGCAGAAUCCAUUUCCAGGAAUGCCCUGUUUUCUGUCCUCCGAUACAUCUUCCAACAAAGACAACUUUGCUGAACGCUUACGUUGGCUGGCCAAGUUUUGGCGUUAUUGCCGAGAUAGACUGCGAAACAAGAAUUUUAAAGAGAUCCUGGAGAGACUCUCGGAGAAGGUGGAGGAAGAGAUGAGUAACUUUGAAACACCUGACAGUCCAGGUAGCGAAAACAACAAUAAUGAAAAGCAAUUUGAAGACGUCUUUUACCUUGACGUGGAAGAGGUACGGAACAUUGGAAAUAUCAAAGAAUUAUCCAACGUCAACUCUCCUGUGCGUCAGUACUCUCUCUCAUAUGAACUUGCCUCCAGUGAUGUGGAUGUCGAAGGGUGGGAUUUUUUUCUUGAAGAGCGUAAAAACUACAAGUUUGAUUGCGUGAUCCAAAUGUCACCAAGAGCUGAAACUGAGAAAGAUGAUACGACAUUCAUCAUUGACACAGAGCUGAGCAAUGACUCUCAGUCAAGGGUAAUGGAACCGGAGUUGAUUUCUCCGCUACACGAACACAGCAUAAGUCUCACCAUUGUCCGUUCACUUGUCAAGCUUGCCGAGAGGCUAGCCAAGGAAGAAGACUACUCAAAAGCUGAAGCUUUAUAUGAGCAGAUUUACAUAAUUCUCUUUGAGAUUCAGGAUUCCAGCACAUCGGUGAUGCGGCUGCGAGCUAGCACAAUGAAGAACCUGGGAAUGCUCAAGUGUAAACUCAGCAAAGGAGAUGUAGGUGUGAAAAUGCUAAAGAAAGGUCUUCAAAUGUGCCGAGACCUUGGAGACAGUGACGUUGACAAUGAUGUCGCAAUUGCCAUGUUUGAACUUGGCAAUGGCUACAUUGUUGAAAAGUGGAACAAUGAAUCCUUCUUUGAUAUUGUUAUCUCUGUCAUUGCCGAGUCAUUUGAGAAAGAAUUUUCUGAUCCAGACAACGAAACAUCUUCAAGCCAGAACUCCCAAACUGAGAAAGAGUUUAGCAAAGAUGAAGAAGAGAAAGAAAAAAUUGAUGACAAAAACAUUAAAGAAGCCGUUUCCUGUUUUGAAGAGGCAAUCAGUAUAUUGGAAGAGGUCUCUCAACGAGACGAAAAGCAGACUGACGUGUUGGCCAAGGCCUACUUGAAGCUUGGAGAUUGCCAUUUUAUGAUGAAGGAAUUCAACGAGGCCCUCAUCUGCUUCGAGAAAUCUUGGACGCUCUUCAAUUCCCAAGGGCAGUCCGCUGGGAGGGCACUGUUUUUAGACAAUGCACAUGUGCUUCUUAUGUUGGGAGUCUCCAGUUUCAUGUUGCAUGUGUAUCCACGUACCGUCUCAGUGUUUGAACUUGCUUACAGAAUGCUCCGAUACGUCUACGGCUUGGCCUCUCAAAACUUUUUCGUAGGCCUCAUCCUGUCACUGCUUGGCAUCACCUACUACAAAUUGAAGUACUAUCAUAAAUGUGUCUCUGUUUGCUUCCAGGCAUUUGAGAUCUUCUCAAACCUCUACCAGAACCGCCUGUCCUCCCUACCGAAACAUAAAUUUUGGCUAGUGUGCCAAACCCUAUAUGUCCUCGGAAACUCUUACAACGUGCUAAACUUACAACACAAGGCGAUCAAGUAUCUGUCGUUAGGACGAUCGCUGAUGAUGUCGACAGACACUGCUGACAAGAGACAGCACAUGAGAAUCCUGCAAAUACUUGGCGACUGUUACUUUGCCCAGUAUGAUUACAAGACUUCAUUGGAAUUUUACAACGAAGCCCUUGGUUUGGCUGACGAAAAGGACAGUGAGGAGGACUUUGACCCAAAUCAAUGCUCUGAAGACAUGGCUUUGCACAACCAGUUGCUUAGCCGAUCAGCAGACGCACACAUCAGCAUGAGACAGUAUCAGAAUGCAGUGCACUAUCUCGAGCAGGCGAGGGACAUCCAAGACAUCUUGCAGGAGGACAUCAAGGGCGACUUGGUCAGCACGUUGAAACAACUUGGCCAGAUGCAUUCGAUGGCGGGCGAUGUGGACAAGGCCAUAGAGUCUUACAACGAGUCCAUUGAAAUCUUUAAAGAAAUCCAUGGCAAACUAGAACCAGAAAUGUGUGAAACGCUAGGCAACCUUGCAACUAUGUGCUAUGUAAAGGCUUGUAUUUGCGAAGACAUCGAUCAGGAAUUGCAGAUGAUUCUGCGAGCCGAGCAGUACUUCCAGGAUGCUCUUACCAUGGAGAUGAACCACUGUGUGUGUGUGAAAUAUGCAAACUUUCUCUACAGCCAGGGAAACUAUGAUGAUGCCAUCUUAUACCUUGAGGACUGUCUCAAAAUCCAAACCCCCUUCCCUAAUAUCGUGUAUGGUGGUCUGGAAAAAGUGACACUACCUGAGUUACUUCAGGAAGAAGUUGAUGCUCAAGAGGAAGUUGUUCUUCCUGCCUCUUCGCUUGCUUACUACCUUCUCAUUUUAUGUAACAGGCUAAUGAACCGGGCGUCAAGAGCAGAGAAAUACAUCAUUUUAUUAAUGGAAGAAGCAUAUUUGUUUCAAGAUCCAUUGCUUCACUCUUUGCUUGGUUACGCGCUGAUGGAGCUGUCCCUGUUUCAGGAGGCUGCACUUUCUUUCCUGGAAGCAGCCAUUAUGCAACCGGAAUAUUUCCUUGCUAUGGAUAAUUAUUGCAUCUGUUUGUGUGUUCUUGUCCUUUACACAUUUAAGCAAGCGUUUUCUUUCUCCUCUAAAAUUUACUCUUUCCCUGCCCUGUUCUUUUCUCUCACCCUCUCAAUCCAUCCACCCCUUGUACCAUUUCCUUUCUGCUAA